UAAAUGAAAAUUAUAGUAAUAAACUUGUACUUACCAAUGCUAGGAUGAAAUUAAAAUUAGUUGUAUGUUUCUGUUUGGUAGAAAUUGUUGGUAUUUUUGGUAAAAGUGCCAGGAUUAUUGGAGGUGAAAAUGCUGAUAUAAAAGAAUUUCCGUAUGUAGUGUCUUUAGCUAUGCUAAAUGUUGAAAAACAUUUUUGCGGUGGUACAAUAAUUAGCAACUGGCAUAUUCUGACAGCAGCUCACUGCGUUGCAGAACGCGACUAUGCUUCAAUAAGAAUCUAUAUGGGAAAUAGUAAUUUGCAAGAUUCUAAAGAUAAUAGUUAUGGGAUAAUGACGGUUGUAAUCCAUCCACAAUUUAAGAAUGAUAUAAGAAAUGACAUUGCUGUUAUUAUGCUUGAUCGAUGCAUUAUAUUCAAUGAAUUCCAAAAUAAAAUAAACCUCCCAACUAAAGAUGUUAAAGCUGGCAGCGUUGGUGUGAUUACCGGUUGGGGACGAACAAAUGUCAAUAUUUUGAAACCUGCCGACGUAUUACAAAAGGCUUCCACGAAAAUUCUGAGUAAUUCUGAAUGUCACAAAAGCCUUAAAAUGUCUAUUAUGGAACUGAUGUGUGUAUUUGAGAGAAAGGGAAUUGGUGCAUGUUAUGGAGACAGUGGAUCACCCUUGGUUAGUAAUGGAGAAUUUGUUGGUAUUGGUGCGCGGGUGUUUGAUUGCGCAGUGGGUAUUCCUGAUAUAUAUACAAGAGUUUAUCCCUAUGUCGAUUUUAUCAAAUCUAUUUUUACUAUUUCGAAAUUAUUAACUUGUACCGCUGAUACUGGUAUUAUAUAAAGUAAAUAUCUGCAAUAUGCAGCCAAGUUACAAUUGAGAUAAUAUUGGUUGUUAUUCUACCAAAAUUCGGAUGAUAAUAUUGCAAUUGCAUUACUGAGUUGUAGACAACAAGAAGUGGAAUGAAGUAAAAAUGUUGUAAUCCAUAAAUCUUAUACGUUUAUAAUUUAUUCUAUGCAUUUAAUAAUACGUGCUACAUAUCAUUCACCAUCCGUUCUAUAAAUUUAUAAAAACGCUUUUA